AUGAAUUCAGCUUCACAAGAUCAAAAAGCCCAUGCUCAAGCCAGAAUGAAGUUGCUGAUCUGCCUCACGUUGCUGGUGGCUGCCGUGCUCGCUGCGGAAGACAGCCUUUUCGACAAGAGCGAUCCAAAUGAUCCGUGCGAGGGGACGAACAUGGAACGGCGGGACGGGGGUGCCGCAUGCGCGGACGAGGCUUGCGUGGAUGUGGUUGGAAAGGAAAACGGAAAUUAUCGACCUCGUGCUUGCAUCAAGAUCUUCGUGACGAACGGGUGCCACUGCAAGGCCGGCUUUGUUCGUCGGAUCAUCGCCGGCAAGGAAUGCAUCAAGCCCGAGCAGUGCAAGCGCGGC